CAGACCCACACAGACAGAGAUGGCUGUGUGUUGCUAGAGCAGAGGCUGAUUAAACACUCAGCUCAUGGGCCUUCCUGUGCCACUCCUGGAAAAUAACGAGUUGGGUAAGGAACAGUUAAUAAGAAAAUGUGACUUGCUAACUGUGCACAUUACAACAAAGAGCUGGCAGCUCCUGAAGGAAAAGGGCUGGUGCGGCUGCCGUUCAAACUUGUCAGUCAGCUCUCGCCAGCAGCCUCAGGGUCUGCCUUCCCGGCACACUCUCAUUACAUGUGUCUGUCUGGCCUGAUCUGUGCAUCUGCUCAGAGACGCUCCUGCCGAGCCGGGGAUUUCUGCCUUCCUCCACUGGUGCAAAGAGCUUCUCCUCUGUCACCCCUCUCCUCUCCCCAAGGAGGCUCCUGCUUUAUGGUAGCUUUGGACUUCCUGCGCCGUCUGCCUGCCCUUGACUUCUAGAAUGGAAGAAGCUGAGCUGGUGAAGGAAAGACUUCAGGCCAUCACAGAUAAAAGAAAAAUACAGGAAGAAAUAUCACAGAAGCGUCUGAAAAUAGAGGAAGAAAAAUUAAAGCACCAGCAUUUGAAGAAAAAGGCCUUAAGGGAGAAAUGGCUUCUAGAUGGAGUCAGCAGCGGAAAAGAACAGGAAGAGAUGAAGAAGCAGAAUCAACAAGACCAGCACCAGAUCCAGGUUCUAGAACAAAGCAUCCUCAGACUUGAGAAGGAGAUCCAAGAUCUUGAAAAGGCUGAGCUGCAAAUCUCAAUCAAUGAAGAGGCAAUUUUGAAGAAACUGAAAUCAAUUGAGAGGACAACAGAAGACAUAAUAAGGUCUGUGAAGGUGGAAAUGGAAGAAACAUCAGAAGAGUCAAUUGAAGACAUCUAUGCUAAUAUCCCUGACCUUCCAAAAUCCUAUGUGCCUUCCAGAUUAAGGAAGGAAAGAAAUGAAGGAACAGAAGAUGAUGAACAGAAUAGAAAAGCUUUGUACGCCAUGGAAAUUAAAGUUGAAAAAGACUUGAAAACUGGAGAAAGUACAGUCCUGUCUUCUAUACCUCUCCCAUCAGAUGACUUUAAAGGUACAGGAAUAAAAGUUUACGACGACGGGCAGAAGUCAGUAUAUGCAGUAAGCUGUAAUCAUGGUGCAGCAUACAAUGGCACCGAUGGCCUGGCACCAGUUGAGGUAGAGGAACUUUUAAGACAAGCCUCAGAGAGAAACUCUAAAUCUCCAACAGAGUAUCAUGAGCCUGUAUAUGCCAAUCCAUUUUGCAGGCCUACAACUCCACAGAGGGAGAAGAUAACUCCUGGACCAAAUUUUCAAGAAAGGAUAAAGAUGAAAGCUAACGGACUAGGUAAUGAUAUGAAUGAAUCUGUAUACACUAUGGACAAUGGACUUUCAGAGGAGAGGGACAACAGCUUCAAUCAUAUCAGCCCUGUUCGACCGAUACCUCAACCCCGAUCAAUGACUCAACAAGCCAAGGAGAUGCCCGACACCCUACAAAAGAGGCUGAUGACUCCUUGGGAAGAAUCAAAUGUGAUGCAGGACAAAUAUUCACCCUCUCCAAAGGCAAGAAUGAGUCCCAGCGAAGCAAUAGCUGGGAAGCCAAAAUACCAGGAUUCUUCUCCUACUUGCCAGGAGGAUGAGGAAGAUAUCAGAUACAAUAUCGUUCAUUCCUUACCCUCUGACAUGGCUGAUACAGAACCCGUGACAAUGAUUUUCAUGGGCUACCAGCAGGCAGAAGACAAUGAAGAAGAAAAGAAGCUUCUGACAGGGUAUGAUGGGAUCAUCCAUGCUGAGCUGGUUGUGAUUGAUGAUGAGGAGGAGGAGGGUGAAGGAGAAGCUGAGAAACCAUCCUACCAUCCUGUAGCUCCCUACAGUCAGGUUUACCAGCCUGCCAAACCAACACCACUUCCUAGAAAGAGAUCAGAAAUUAAUCCCUAUGAAAACACAAACCACAAAUCUCCACACAAAAAUUCCAUAUCCUGGAAAGAGCAAGAAGAAAGCUUAGGCAACCCGGUUCAACAUUCUCCACUUGAUGUUCAGAUAGCUGGAGAUGGGACUGAGGACCCGUCCUUAACAGCUUUAAGGAUGAGAAUGGCAAAACUGGGGAAAAAAGUUAUCUGAGAGGUGUAUCAUCUACCCAAACAUCCUUUGGAGAAGAACCUAAGAAACAUUUGCCAACUUCCCUUCUGGAUAUUUUGUUUCUUUUUCCUGAGACUCAAAAAAAGUAUAAUUAUAGCCAUAGUAAGCCAUGUGGAUAAGCAGUAAUCAUUAUUUGUGAAAAAUUCCAAAACAGCUAGGGAGAACAAACGCUUAACUUUUCCAGUUACUUGACACAAUUUGUUGGGGGUGGGGGCAGAAACCAGCAUAUUUUUAUUGUAUUGAUACCAAAGCAUUUCUAAUAAGAGUGUGUUAAAUUUAAGAAUAAAGUUAUUUAAAAUA